AGGGUCUGGCCUCUUCUCCCAGGCAAAUAGUAGGACCCGAGGAAAUGGCAAGAAGUUAUACCAGAGGAGGUUUAGGUUGGAUAUUAGGAGAAACUUUUUCUCUCACAGGGUGGUCAGGCACUGGAAUGGCCCGCCCAGGGAGGUGGUGGAGUCGCCAUCCCUGACAGUGUUCAAGAGGCGCCUGGAUGAGGAGCUACGAGAGAUGGUUUAGUGCUUGUGGCACUGAUAGGAAUGGGAGGGUGGUUGGACUAGAUGAUCUUGCAGGUCAUUUCCAACCUUGUGAUUCUGUGAUUCUGUGAUACUGGGUCAACUGCCUUCUUCCUUCUACUGUGUCAGCUUGGUGUCAUCAGCAAACCUACUGAGAGUGUACUCCAUCCCACUGUGUCACUGAUGAAGAUGUUGGAGAGUAUUGAUAGCCAGAUGGAACCUACCUAUCACUCACCUGCCUCCACUUGGACACAGAACCACUGGUCACAAUCCAGUGGCUGCAACAUCCAAUUCUUUAUCCACAAACAGUCCAGCUUUCAAAUCCAGGGGAACAUAUCAAAGGUUUUGCAGAAAUACAGUUAGACAACUUCAGUUGCCCUUCCCUUGUCCACCAAUGCUGUCAUAGAAAGCCCUGAAGUCGGUGAAGCACUAUCUGCCCUUGGUGUGCUGGCUGUCACAGAUCAUCUCCUUGUUUUGUAAGUGCUUUAACUUAUCUUCCAAAUCAUCAAAGACCAUCUCCAUGGUCUUCCCAGGUAUAGACAUGUGCCUGUAGUUCCCCACGUUACUCAAGAGCUUCUAGUUUCCCAGGUAGUUUCCCUAUCUCCUUUUUUUGAGAAUGGGAGUGAUGUUUCCCUUUUUCCAGUCACGAAGGACUUCACCUGACAGCCAUGACUUUUCAGAUAUGACAGAGAUUGGCUUGGCAGUUCUGCAGUCCUACCAGAAUGAAUGCUCAUCUGAAAGUGAAUGGUAAAGGAUCAGGCCUCAGGCCUCCACUUUCUGCAAGGGUGGUUUUAAAACCACCCUUGUUGGUGACCCUGCCCAUUGCAGGGGUGUUGAAACUAGAUAAUCUUUGAGGUCCUUUUCAAUCUAGGCCAUUCUAUAAUUCUUUGAUGAAAAGAUGAGAGAAGAAGAUUACCUAACGUAAUCCUGUAUAACAAAAAAUCCUGUAUAACUCUUCAUUUAAUAUUCACUCAGGAGAAAACGUCACAACAAAUGAUUUAAUUGUUUCUGAAUCCCAUUAGAGAGAUGUUCCCCUCUUCCUGACAUGAGGAAGGCUUCUUACAGGGCAAGACAAGAAAUAUGCCAUGAAACAAUUUUGAUGUACUAUUUAGCUUUUCCACUAUUCAUUUCAAAGUUAGUGAAACAGGCAAGCAUUGCUGAGGUAUACUCUGUUUUUUAAUUUACUUUUCCCCCUUUUGUUCUAUUGCUAAUUAGCUAUAUAUGACAUAAUCAUCAAAAGAACAAGGUGGCCUAUAUGCUGCUCCUUUGCUUACAUACUCUAUUCCCUCCUUUCAAUAUUGGCAGGUUUGGAUGUUUAAGAGCAUGCUAACAGCCUAAAAAUGUUCAAAUCAUCAUGCUUGCUCCAGAUGGAAGGCAGUAAGAAGUGUUUGCUAACAAGUAAAAAUUAGCAUUAUUAAUGGCAAUUCCUUUGUUGUCACAUUUUAUAUUUAGUCAUUUCCUGGCUAUAAGUCAUUAGACUAUUUUGGUUGCCAAUGCUCUGCAUAAAGCUAUCUGACAUCAAGACAAAAGCUCAGUGAUUUUUUUAAUAUAAAAUUCCCCAUGCAUAUAAGACUUGCUAUUUUCUGUGUACAAGAUAAAGUGCAUCAAGAUGCACCAAAUGUGUAUUUCACAAAGAAGUAAACUGUGCCGAAUUGGAAAUACUAACCUCAGACCUCCAUUUCUCUUAGGAGGAAUCACCAUCUGGUUCAAAGUGGUUUCUGAUUCCUUUCUUCUAGUCACGGAUAGAGAGGAGAUGGUGCUCUGUUGCACUUGUGUUGACAAGGACUCCCUUUAAAAACUAUGCUGCCAUUGAUCCCUCUCUGGCAGUUGUUGCUUCCACAGCCAAAACUGCAUGUGUAUUUCAUUGCUUUAGUGGCUUUGACAUUACACCAGUUACCAAAACACCAAGUGAUCUAAACAACAUUUGUUCAGUCAAAUCUGCAGUUCUGUGUUCAAGCAAGUUAUACUCACUUCUAAUCUUUAAACACAACACAGUCCUUUCCUAAGCAAGGCUAGAAGCGUGCUGAUUACUGUGAAGAAAAAGACUAAUAAAAAGGGGAGAAAACACAAAAGAGUGCUCAGAAAGGAAAAGAUUUCAGCUGGAAAAAAAUUCAGUACUGAAGCCUAAUGGGCUAACAUUCAUCACCCAAACUGCAGUAACUGAAUGUGUGUCAGUCUGUGAAUCAAGAGGUAUUAGGCUUAAACAACAAAUCAUUUGUCAGGCUAAAUCAUGGUUUAAGCUGCCGUGUUUUACUUGGCAAAAGGGACUGGCAAUUGGUGUGUUUGGUCAGUUACUGUGCAUCAGUUUAAAUGUGGUUAUUCGAGCAACAGAACCACACCAGUUUGAUUUGGAUAACUCUGUAUACCAAGAAACUGGAAGAAGUGAAUAUGAAUACGAUACAAAUAAAUUAAAGCCCCAGCUAACCCUUCCUUUCUGGCACUAAGUAAUAGCACUGCAUUACAAUUACAACAAACAACUGUUUUGGACAAACUCAGCCUCCUGCUACCCCUAAUUCAAUUUAAAAUUCUGAGUGAAGGACUUGAUAAAGCAAUGGAAACACAGGAAUAUAAAAAAUACCGUACUGGAUCACAGCAGAGCACAGCAACAGUUGUGCUUUAGAGUAACAUGAGACCACAAUUUCCUGAAGAGCCUUCCCUUCACAGUCCACCAGCAUCCAUAAUAGCUGGAAAUAUCAGAAGCUAUUAUACCUGGCUCAGUCCUCCUAGUAUCCAUACUUCCUAUAAAUGUAUAUAAUCACAUUUUGAACCAUGUGAUACUGCCUGCUCCACAGCAUCAGACUUCUUCUCUUCAAACCGAAGCAUUCUAUACAUUUCCACAAACCCUGCCCUGUAGGUUUUGCUAAACGUGCAGAAUGCAAAGCAGGCACUGUGUGAAGCAAGUCUGCUCCACGGAAUAACGGGAGCACGGAAGCUGCUCUAUCUCUCUGCUGCACUAAAUUCCUUCUUUGUAUCACCUCACAUUCACCGCAUGCUUCUCGAGGAGUACACUCUAAACCUCUACUCAGUAUUCCAGAAGCAAACACAUUGAAGUUCUGUGUAGUGACAAAACGACACCUUUGUCUUGUUCUCAAUAUCCUUCCUGAUAUUAUGAUGAUACAUUUCUGGCUUUUUUGAACAAUACCUAUGAUGUGUGAAUGAUUUCAGAGAACUGUAAGCCUUUAUUGAGCUGACUCAGCUAAAUAAUGCAUAAAGAAGGUUUACACUACUUUUAACUAAAUGCUUUACGUUUCAUUCCACCACUAAUGAGCCUAACCAAUGUUGUUCUAUUAGUUCUUUUGGUAUCCCUUUCCCUUGCCACAACACUUGGCUAUUCAAAAGAGCUUAGCACAGCCAACAAACUUGGGCUGUCCCUUUCCCGAGAGAUAUGGAUUUUCUAGACCACUGUGUCUUUUCUAGUGAUGCCACUGUUCAAUACGUUCUCCACAUCACAAAUGAACACAAACGAAUACAUUGAUCCAGAACUGCGCCCAGCACGAAAUCCUGAAGGAUAUAAAUACUGCCUGUGCCACUCCAAAAAAGUGAUCACUAUACAUUGCCAGACUCUCCAAUCUUCAGCCAGCUGCAGGUCUACUGAAGAACAUUUCCUCCCAUGUCAUUUUUUUCCCAGAAAAAAUGACUAACAUUCUCCUUGUGGCCAAACAAACCUCAUUCUGCAUAGUCAGGUUUUUUUCCUCUUUCUUUAUUUUUUAGUUUUUAAUUGUUGUUUUUUCAGAAAUGCAAGCAAAGGGUAACUAUUACAACUGUUAUAUGUGUGUAUACAUACACAUGCAUACAGCCAGCGAAGUCAUUAUUUAAAAUAAUGCUCCUCAGGGAUAAUACAAGUAUUUUUUUAUCUGUUGGCUUGGGUAGCAUAAAUAUCUUGGCUCAUAUUUCCUUAAUUAACGUGUAUCUCACUGCCCCAUUUUGCCAGCAAAUGUUCUCUGCUCUGUGAUGUCACUGUGAUGCAACAAGAAGUCAUUGUGGUGACGUUUGUGGAGGUCCCACUCCCCACAGUGUAGGUGCCACUGCGCUUCCUCCUGCUGGAGGCAGGACUGUUGGCUGUGGAAACUUUUCUGGACAGGAAUUUCUGUCAAGGUGAAAAAUUAAUAACUCAAAUGGAGACACCUUCACAGGAAACAUCAGGUGUUUCUGCGCCAAACACCAACUUGGCAGUUGCGGCUUCUGCUUCCCGUCCAGUCCGUCGUAAAAGAACGGCUCGGGAUGCUGCCAUAGGACCUACCCAAAAAGAAAAGAUUUCCCCACUUUCUUGUGGGGAACCGUCUGCCAAAAGACGACAUCAUGAUCUUUCUGAGAAGUGCUCCGCCAAAGCCCAAGACCUGUCAUCCUGCAACUUUCUGAAAAACCUCUGGAAAAUUACUGAAAGCAAUCACUUCCAGUCCAUUUGGUGGGGCGAUGAUGGUGACUUUAUAGUGAUAGAGGAACCGUUCUUCAGGAUGGAAGUCCUGGCCAGGACAGGACGUCUCAAAAUCUUUGACAUUGACAGCAUGAAAAGUUUUGUUCGCCACCUUCACCACCAUGGCUUCUAUAUUACGGAAGGGGAUUCGCCAAGCUCUGUCUCGUGUGCUGGAUUCCUAGCAGAGGGAGCAGCAAUUUCUAGUCCUUGCAAGUUACUCUGCUACUAUAAUCCUUACUUCAAGAAGGACUAUCUCCUCCGGCAGAAAAGAUUCAAGCGGAGUGUUGGUGUUAGAAGACCAUCUGCAUCCUCAACUGGCCCUGAGUAGACAGAGUAGAGCAGUUUAAAAAAUAAAUGUUUGGACUGUUUUUCCAUUGUCCUGCCUUUCUAUCUACCAAUCUGAGCCACGCAAAAAUGCAGGCAAGGGUAGCUGUUACGUGGGCUGCCUUGAAAUCAAUGCCUUCCAUUUUCUGGCGUUGCCCAUGAUGUCAGAAGUGGAUGUUGGUAGGAUGGCAGUAGACAACAUAAUGUUUCGAUGGGAUGUAGGCUGGGUUUUUGCAUGAGCAGCCUUCUAUUUCUAGAGGAAGGCUUUUUCACAGAAUCACAGAAUCGUAAGGGUUGGAAGGGACCACCAGAGAUCAUUGAAUCCAACCCCCCUGCCAAAGCAGGUUCCCUACACCAGGUUACACAGGUAGGCAUCCAGGCAGGUCUUGAACAUCUCCAGAGAAGGAGACUCCACCACCUCCCUGGGCAGCCUGUUCCAGUGCUCCGUCACCUCACUGUAAAGAAGUUCUUGCGCAAAUUUGUGCGGAACUUCCUAUGCUGCAGUUUCCAGCCGUUUCCCCUUGUCCUGUCUCCACUCACCACUGAAAAGAGUCCGGCCUCGCCAUUCUGCCCCCCACACCUUAGAUAUUUACAGACCUGGAUCAGGUCCCCUCUCAGUCUUCUUUUCUCAAGGCUGAACAGACCCAGUUCACUCAGCCUUUCCUCAUAGGGGAGAUGCUCCAGGUCCUUCUCCAUCUUUGUGGCCCUCUGCUGGACUCUUUCCAAGAGAUCCCUGUCUUUUUUGUACUGGGGAGCCCAGAACUGGACGCAGUACUCCAGAUGAGGCCUUACCAGGGCAGAGUAGAGGGGGAGGAUCACCUCCUUUGACCUGCUGGCCACGCUCUUUUUAAUGCAUUCCAGGAUGCCAUUGGCCCUCUUGGCCACAAGGGCACACUGCUGGCUCAUGGCCAGCCUGUCGUCCACCAGGACACCCAGGUCCCUCUCCGCAAGGCUCCUCUCCAGCAGGCCAUCCCCCAACCCAUACCAGUGCUUGCAAUUAUUCCUCCCCAGAUGCAAGACUACACUUGCUUUUGUUAAACCUCAUAUGGUUUCUUACUGCGCAGCUCUCCAGCCUGUCCAGGUCUUGCUGAAUGGCAGCACAGCCUUCAGCCAAUCCUCCCAACUUUGUAUCAUCAGCAAACUUGCUGAGGGUGGCCACUAUCCCCUCAUCAAGGUCACUGAUGAAGAUGUUGAACAAGACCAAACCCAGCAACAACUAGAGGAACACCACUAGUUACAGGUCUCCAACCGGACUGUGCACCGCCAACGAUGACCCUCUGCCAGUCAGCCAAUUCUCAACCCACCUCACUGUCCACUCAUCUAUCCCACACUUCCUCAGCUUUGUGAUAAGGAUGUCAUGGGAGACAAUAUCAAAUGCCUUGCUGAAAUCAAGGUAGACUACAUCCACUGCUCUCCCCCCAUCCACCCAGCCACAGUCACAAUAUCGUAGAAGGCUACCAGAAGGCUACUACGACCUCACCCACCCUGGUUGAACCCAUGCUGACUACUCCUGAUAACCUCCUUUUCUUCCAGUUGUCUGGAGAUGGCAUUCAGCACAAGCUGUUCCAUCACCUUUCCAGGGACAGAGGUGAGGCUGACUGGCCUGUAAUUACUUGGGUCUUCCUUCUUGCCCUUUUUGAAGACCGGAGUGACACUGGCUAACCUCCAGUCUUCAGGCACCUCCCCCAUUCUCCAUGACCUCUCAAAGAUGACAAAGAGCAGUUCAGCAAUCGCCUCUGCCAGCUCCCUCAGCACCUGUAGAUGCAUCCUAUCGGGUCUCAUGGAUUUAUGAACACUGGUGUUGCCUAGGCGCUCUCGGGCCACCUCUUCCCUGACUUCAUUCCCCAGACCCUCUCACUAACCUCUGAGGUCUGGGAUUCCUGAGGGAGAGCUUUUUCACUGAAGACAGAAGCAAAGAAGGCAUUCAGUAUCUCCGCCUUCUCAGCACCCCGUUACCAGAACACCCCCCUCACUUAGCAGGGGAGCCACAUUCUCCCUAGUCUUCCUUUUACUGUUAACAUACUUUAAAAAGCCUUUUUUAUUAUUCUUUAUCACCUUCGCCAGAUUCAAUUUCAGGCAGGCCUUAGCCUUCCUCGUUGCAUCCCUGCAGGCCCUGACAACAUUUCUAUAUUCUUCCCAAAUGGUCAGACCCUUUUUCCACAUUUUAUGGACCUUCUUCUUUCCUUUGAGUUUGUGCACAAGCUCCUUGCUCAUCCACACAGGUCUCCUGCCACCUUUUCCUGAUUUCUUGCUCACAGGGACACACUGGUCCUGAGCUUGGAAGAAGAGUUGUUUAAAUGCCGACCAGCUCUCACAGGCCCCCUUACCUUCUAACACCCUAGCCCACGGGAUAGCUCCAAGUAGGUCCCAGAAGAGAUCAAAGUUGGCUCUCCUAAAGUCCAGGGUAGCAAUCCUACUUUUUGCUUGUUUCUUCCACUCAAGAUCUUGAACUCCACCACGUCAUGGUCACUACAACCCAAGCUGCCCCAGACCUUUACUUUCCUGACAAGCCCUUUCUUUAUUAGUGAGAAUAAGGUCUAGCAACACCCCUCCCCUCAUUGGUUCUUCCACCACCCGCAUCAGAAAGUUGUCUUCAAAGGCUCUCUUUCAUCAAAGUAGAGUGUGAUUGUGUUGUUCAAAUGCUAGAUAUAGUCUAAUUACUAGCACUACCAACUCUUACAAAUAAAUUGCCUUUUCUGGAUGCUUUCUGUUUUGUUGCUGAGCUGUCAUUAACAGCAGAGUUGCAGUUUUUAGCUGGUUGCAGUAGACAUUUCACUAUUAAUGCCAAAACCAUCUCUAUUUUAUUUUCCAGUUUUGGAUCAGUACAGCAAAGCUUAGCUGGCAAUCAAGUGACACAUUUCAAUUCAAUAAUGUAGUCUUCAUUGCGUAAAAGAAUAAAAUCUACUGUUCAUCAAUCUGAGCUGAUUUAUAUGUUUGUGUUUUUUUCCAUCUUAUGCUCUUGUCUGGUAGUUUUGCUUAGGAGUGUGGUGAUUUGGGAGUGAAGAAAAGCUCAUAAGGUAAUCCUAUUGGGCACUGUACUUGCCUCAGUUUCCUGUUGCUUCUUGAUAGUUUCUUGGCUUUAUAGACUGAUAUUUGCUAUUUUUCCUCUGUUCCUUGGAAAAACUCUAGUAGUUGGUAAACACUCUGCAUUCCAUGUGAUCAUUUAAUUUCUAUCCAGGCCCAGGUGAUAUUACCAGCACAGUCUCCUAAAUGGCUGGACUGUGACUCUUCCUUGGCUACCCACCACUGAGUGUUCGUAAAUGAGGUACAAAUGAGGAUGCUCAGCAGAAUAGGUAAGAAGGACUGUUCCAUUUUCACCUAAUUCUGGAGAAGGUCCAAGUGGGUUGCUGCAGCCUGCCAGUUCCUGCUUAGCUUUUAUCCAUUGCUGAGUGUGGGCAUCAGAAAGUGGCGUGUCAGAAGCUUAAGUGCC